ACUCGACCAUUUAAAGAUCAUUUUUGUGCCGAGAUGCUUUCAGGACACCCGGCCCAGGUGCUUACAAAGCCCUUCUUGAAGUGAAGUGAGUGAUAGCAGAGAAGGAAAAAAAAAAAACACUAAACUGUGCAAGAUGGGGAAGCCACCAGGACUAGAGAACCACUUGGUGUAGAGUGCAGCACCAGACGUUCCUCAGACAUUGUAUGAUCUAGCAUUAUGUGAGGUGUCCAUUCAGGACUGUGACCAGUGACUGAACUUCAUAUGAUCUGGCUGGAUAUUUGAAUCCAUGGCUGCAGAGUAAAUGUGUGAUGUCAGUUCCUAGAUCACCCUCUGCUGAGGCAUGUGGGUAUAGCAGCCUGUUCUCAUCCUACAUCUCUAAAGCCAAGUCAUAUGAAACAGUACUGCUUCUGUCCUACUGAGUCCAUAUUGAAUGCCUGUUCAGAAACUAUUCUGCUCAAUUUUCAGUUUCAAAAUGCCCAAAUGCAUACCAGUAUGACCUUGCACAUGUGGAUUGGUCCACAUUUUCAAAGAGGCAAAACCCCAUACAGUGCAUUAUUUGUCUGUAGAAGUCCCUCUGCUCCUCCAGACUGGGGCAGAGUUUAACUCAUGACUUUGCGAGGUGAGGUCUGUAAUGACGAGGCCACAGUUGGGUUUAUUCAUGAACAUGGCUCACUCAGUAUGUGCACUCAUUGUGUGUGUGUGAAAUUGAUUUGAUCACAAGUGACAUUUUGAAGGGCAGGUUUAACCACAGGCCAAAUGUGUGCUAUACCUGGACUGUGAUCAUACUAAAUUUCCUCAUAUGCUAUCAGUUGGGCCUCUGAUGUUUUAAUCAGGAUAAGAGCCGUAGAGGCAAUAAUUUUAUGUUUUGGGCCUUUUAAACUAAAGGCCAGUGAGGCCCUCAUUUCAAUUGCAUUUGCAUGGUUAGGAAUUAUUUCACUGGAUAAAAUAUGGUUGCAAAUCUGACUACAUUUAGAAUAGAUGUGUGUACUAACACAAAAAAGACGAGCAUGAAAGGAACCGGUUCUGAUCGGCAUGCCAGAACGUUUUGUGGCCGUCCCAGACUCGGACAGUAUAUAUAACUUUAUUUUUUUUGUUCGUUUUUUUUUUUCAUAUAUAUAUAUUUUAUGUUUUAUUGGUGUAACACGGUGGCUUCCAACACUGCCCCUGGAUUACCCUAUGCCCUGCACAUUAAUGCUUCUCCUGCUCUCAACACCUCCAUUAACGAGCUCUUUAUGACUUGAACGAAAUGUGUUGGAAGCAGGAUGAACGCUGAAGUGGGCUGGGCAGGGCAGGGCAGGGGGUACUCAAGGACCAGGGAACAGGUGGUGUAACACUCUUCUCACUGCAGUUUAGCCCCAGACUGUGUUGAAUUCAUGCCCUUAAAACAGAUCUUCACCUUGCCUUUUCAGUCGUUCAGAGACCUGAAGUGAGGAAAAGUCAUUUUUCUUGGUACAUUUUUCAUCCUUUUUUCGGACUUUCCGAUUUUUACAGUCGUUUUCAUGCGUGCAGCAGUCGAUCCAGACCUUUUCAUGAUCAGCGGUUGUUUAUUUUCUUGAGCGCCCCGCCCUCUUUCCGCUCUCGCCUUCUGAUUGGCUCACUCUGAGACAGCUCUCCACCAGUCAGGUGUUGUCUCUGUGCUUGCUGUUUUCCUGUGUCAUGGCGCCGCGCUGGUUGUGAGAGUCGUAUUUGUGGGGUGAAAUAAAGUCGAAGGGCUCCGGGUGAGAGUGAGGGAUUGGGUGAGUGUCUGUAGAGGUGCGAUGGUGUCGGCUCUGCGGGCGCGGUGGCUCCUCCAGCCGGGGCCGUUCGGAUCAGCGUGGCGGAGCUGCAGAGAGCUGCAUCCCUCUGCUGGUCAGUUGGAGCGUCUGCGGCUCUUUGAGACUCUGAAGGUGAGGAAGUCAGAACAGACAAAGGCAGCACCUGGACGAGAUCUAAGUGUCAGACUGGCCGAUGGGAAAACAGUGAAGGCACUGUCGGGGGUCACAUCUCCACUCCAGAUCGCUCGGAACAUACGUGUUAAAGGUGCAGUAGUGGGGAGAGUGAACGGUGAGCUGUGGGAGUUAGCUCGCCCCCUGGAGGCAGACUGUGAACUGCAACUGCUAGGCUUUGACUCCUUAGAGGGCAGACGGGUGGUGUGGCAGACAGGAGCGUGCGUGUUGGGGGGUGUAAUGGAGACGCACUAUGGUGCUCAGGUGUGUCGAGAGGGUGUGUCUGACACAGGACUGUACGCUGACUACCGAUUGGAUAACAGUACUCUGUCUCUGGAGGAGGUGGAAGAGAGGUGUAGGGAGAUGGCAGAUCUGAAGCUCCCCAUCACCAAGCUAGAGCUGAAUCUACAGGAACUCGGAGAACUUUUCCAGGAUGUUCUGAGGCUGCAAUUGGCUGAGGAGCAGAUGCAGGGACCCACAAUCAGCAUCUACAGGUGUGGGCAGAGUGUUGGAGUGUGUUCAGGUCCACUUCUUCCUCAUACAGGCUUCCUCCGCUCUUUUAAGAUGCUGCAGGUUUCUCCUGUGACUCUGUCGGGCAGCACUGGGCUGUCAGGCCUGCUGAGGAUGAUGGGUGUUUCAUUUCCAGGAGAGAAGGAGAGAGAGCAGUGGGUGCAGGAGCAGGAGGAGGCCAGGAAGAGGGACCACAGACGCAUCGGCAAGGACCAAGAGCUGUUCUUCUUUAAUGACAUCAGUCCAGGCAGCUGCUUCUUCCUACCAAAAGGAGCUCACAUUUACAACACCCUCACUGACUUCAUAAAGAGUGAGUACAGCAGGCGGGGCUUCAGCGAGGUUGUCACCCCAACACUGUACAGCACAUCACUAUGGGAACGCUCCGGUCACUGGGAGCACUACAGUGAGAACAUGUUCACUGUGACUUGCGAGCCUCACACCUUCGCCCUUAAGCCCAUGAACUGCCCCGCCCACUGCGUAAUGUAUGAACAGAGAGUGCGGUCGUGGCGGGAGCUGCCCCUUCGCUGGGCUGAUUUUGGGGCACUGCACCGCAACGAACACUCAGGGGCGCUAGGGGGUCUCACCAGGGUCCGCCGCUUCUGCCAAGAUGACGCACAUAUCUUCUGCACACCUGAUCAGUUGGAGGAGGAAAUCACAGCGUGUUUAGACUUUGUAAGGAGUGUCUAUCGUGUGUUUGGUUUCACCUUCCACUGUCUGCUCUCCACUCGUCCUUCCUCCUAUCUGGGUGAGGCUGCUCUCUGGGACAGUGCGGAGCAGCAGUUGGAGAAGAGUCUGCAGCAGUUCGGAGAGCGCUGGGAGCUGAAUCCUGGUGAUGGAGCUUUUUAUGGCCCAAAGAUCGAUAUCCAAAUCCGUGAUGCAAUUGGCCGACAGCACCAGUGUGCCACUAUCCAGCUGGACUUCCAGCUACCAAUCAGAUUCAACCUGCAGUAUGUAGGGCCAGAUGGGGGGAUGUACAGACCUGUGAUGGUACACAGAGCAGUGCUGGGAUCCUUAGAGAGAAUGAUCGCCAUCUUGGCUGAGAACUUUGGUGGGAAAUGGCCGCUGUGGCUGUCCCCUGCGCAGGUUAUGGUGCUUCCUGUAGGGGGAGACAGUGAGCACUAUGGACGAGAGGUGGUUCACAGAUUAAAGGAGGCAGGCUUCAUGGCUGACAUUGAUGAUGACCAUGGUGCCACUUUAAACAGGAAGGUUCGCUCAGCACAGCUCGCCCAGUACAAUUACAUAUUUGUGGUGGGAGAGAAGGAGCGGGGGAGUGGCACGGUCAGCGUGCGGACGAGAGGUGGGAAGCAGCUUGGUCAGAGGUCGCUGGAGGACGUGAUGACUUCACUGAUGGAACUCCGAGGGAGCCGCAGUAAUCGAGACGAGUUUUGA